AUGGAUAUCAACGCACAGAAAACGAAAAUUUCAUCAAGUCAAAAACUUGGUGACUGUCUUCAAAAGGCUUCAUCGCUGUUGUCUGUUGCGGCCAUUCUGAUGACGGUGUCUCUCUUUGUUAGAUCGGAGACAAACACAAAAAUGCUGGAUUCAAAAUUUACUCUGAAAAUUCAAGGAAUGGGGGAUGCUCUCGAAUCUAUGAGGGCUGCUUGCCAAGUUCUUCGUGAAGACCGAGACAUUUCAAACGGUUGGUAAUUUAGUAUAAAAUUUUCUUAACAACUGCGCGUCGCUUGAACUCGAACUGUCCUGGUCCAUACGAAAGUAAGCCGGGCGCACUCAGUUGCCACCGCUUUUAGUCAAAGCAAACAAUAGAUAACCAAGUCCAUACGUUUGAUGGACUUAAGAAAAUCCACCUUAUGAGAUGUUUGUGUGUAUUACAUUUUAAUGUAAAUCAGGCCAUGAACAACAGAAAUGUAUUCGUGCAUUUCUCUUGAUUGCGAUAUUUCGAGAGAAGUUUUGACAACACAGAUUUGACCUUAAUCAGAAACUUGACCCGUUUAUUUAAACAAGUCACGACUGCAUAUUGUAUACUUAUCUUUCAAUAGAUUUUUUCAAACGAAUCAAUGGCUUCUCUUCGACUCGUCCUCUGUUGAAAAGGAUUUAAACAAAAGAUUUCCGAACAAAAUACGUAGCAAAAAACGUGUUUUCCUUGUUUCGGUCAUGGAAUAAAAAGCACUUUGUGAAGCUUAAGUCUGAUAUAAUCAAUGUUAAAAAAAAAAAAACAAAACAAAACCGAUUAACCCUUGCCGUUUUCUUUAGGUAGGAAACAAGACGUCAAAAUUGUUCACCGCAGCUUAACGACCAACCGGAACGACUCAGUUAAUCAAGCAGAGGCCGACACUGGUUUCAGGAAGUACGUGACCUCUAUUGUAACUGAGUCCAUAGGGACUUACUGCCUCUCCCCUGGUAAAUUCUGUGUGGCAGGACCUCGGGGACCAAGAGGAAUUCCGGGAAAUCGCGGUAAACGAGGUCCAAGGGGAUCUAAGGGUAAAACGGGAGAGAAAGGCAAACCAGGAUUGAAAGGAGAUGUUGGAAAUCGUGGAAUGAAGGGAGAAAAGGGUAUGAAUUAAGAGCUAUUGACACUUUACUUCUGUCUUUCCUUAUUCAUAAUAGUCAUUUUCAUUAGGAACAAAAUGAGUGGAAAUUUUGCUGGAAUCUAAAACCACAAUUGUAAGAUUGAAACAAAAAGAUCAUAAGCGUCUUUUGGUUGAGACAUAAUGUUAUCUAUUACAAGAAAUGUAUCUUUAACUUGUGGAAAAAUACUUCACCAGGUUUUAUGUGGCGGUUUUUUUUUGGGAUAGGAUUUGGUCGUAAUCUAUAAGUCUAAUAUAGUUAACAAAUUUAGCUUUGAAUAAUAAGUUUCUGAUACGAUGCCAAGGCUAGCAAAAUCUCAAAAAAAUCAAGAAAAAUAUGGAGGUUCAUUGUCGAGUACAAAUCUAUCAUAGAGUGUAAAAUGGAUGCGAUCUGCGCCCAAGGGUGAGCAGGCUUCCUCCACGUCUCUAGAGCCAAUCUUUACUACGCCAAAUAAUUUCGCUCCGACAGUUGUAAGACAUUUCCCUAAAUUUCAGUUAAGGCGUUUGUUACAUGCCUGUGUAUAUUCUUUAAGGCGACAAAUGAGUUCCUGGUCAUCCGGGACCUAAAGGUGAACCUGGCCAGUCCAUAUCUGCUCCAAACGUUUAUGUUUAUCCUGCCUCACAUACAAUCACUGAGAACCAGACCGCCACGUUUAGUUGUUCAGCUGAUGGCAAUCCAAAACCCAGAGUAACUUGGAGUAAAAUGAGUGGUGCAGGACAAGUCAAUAUGAACGGUCACGAUAAUACAUUGCAGAUCAAAAAUGUUGCUCAUAACGACUCAGGAAGCUAUGUUUGCGUGGCCACAAGCAUCUUAGGAAAAGCUCAGAAGACGGUGAAACUCACCGUUGAAGGUGAUGCUGAUAAUGGAUAAUGGUAUAUACAGGUCAUUCUAGUCCGGGCGAUAAACAAAUACCAGUGAUUAGUUCGUUACUGUUAGUUUACAUUAUCAAUUCAUGAUGUUGGUGUCCUUUUUAAAUUUAGCUCCUCCACGAUUCAUCCAUACUCCUGAGAGGCUAACUAAAGUCCCUGCGAACUCAGUCGCCUCUGUUCGUUGCCGAGCUUUUGGUUUUCCGCCACCAACUAUAGUUUGGUCGAGAGGAUUUGUCCCGUUACCGCAAGGCCGGACCACGAUUGCUAAGAAUGGCACCCUUAUUAUAGUCAACUUUGGUCCUUUAGACAGUGGUACAUAUCAGUGUAAAGCGAGCAAUAGGCUUGGAUCUGUUAGUGUCCUAACAACAUUAGAUUAUGAUGAGCAAGGUCAGGAAAUAUAAGGUUUAAUUUUAGUUAAAAAUUUUUCUUUAUUUCAAGGAAGGUUUAUAUUCAACAGGAAUGGAACGCCAUCCUUUGCUAACAGUCGACUUCAGUAAAUGAAGUUAUUUAAAUUCUAUUUGUUCCAAGUGCCACCUACACUCACCUACAGUAUGUAGGUGAGUGUUACGAAAACCAAGAGAAAGGUGAAGGUCCGAAUCCACAAGAUAUCACACUCACUUAGGUUUUUAUACCCUUUCAGCGACUUAAGGAACAUUUCAAACUUGUUUUCCUUAAAUUAAACCUUAAUACCUCUGUUCAGAUUCAAAAGAUUCUUGUCUUGUUGAACACGCCACUGUUUACAAUUGCGUUAUCGCCUCUUUUUUCGUUUAAAUACUGGCAGCUAUGGAUUGCAUAAUAUAUCACGGCAUAUUUCGCCCCUUGCGGCUGACUAAGAUAAAAAUUGACAAUGAGAUGCGUUCUUCACUCGUAUGCUUCAAAAUUGUGCAGCUAAAAAUUAAUUAAACUAAAGAAAAAUUGUUUUUUCUUUAUUUUCAAUAUUAUUUCUAUGCAAUAGUCGGUGACAGCUUUGCUGGGGAAAAACUUCGCUCCUAUAAAAAUUCUUUAUAUCUGCAAAAUGUACAAAGUCUCCCUUGAUAGUAAAGAUGAGGAUGAAAAAAAAUGCUUACUAAAGGAACAAGCUUAUCAAGGAUCAGCUGGUGCUAAUGCCAAAGAUAUUUAAAUUUUGGAAUAUUUGCAUUGCUUGUUAUUUCUGAGUAUAAUUAGACGUUGAUUAAAUGUUUUCCAUUGCGAUAGAAUUCAUAAUGUUCGAAGUUACUGAGAGGAUCCCAAAGGGCUUAACCGUUAGCCGUAAAAUGACGAAAAUAUUUAGCUGUUAGGCGUAAAAAAUGACCAAUUUAAUUGUGUCGCAAAAAGUUAACCGUUAAGAGGUUUUAAUUAAUCACAAAGGAAGGAACUCAAUCGUUAGCCGUAAAAUGGCCGAAAUGUUAAUUGUUAGCCGUAAAAGCCAUCACCCCACUUAGACCAACUACUAUCAGGUUGAUCAAAACAAAGACAUCAAAGCUUUUUUCAAGAAAAGUUGUAUCCUAUUUCCUUUUUUCAGCACCUCAAAUAGGCUCGACUAUAUUAGCAGGCAAUUUGGUUUAUGAAAGCAUACUCCAACAGUUUUUAAAACCUGACGUUGGAAGUCAUCCUCGAUGGGUGCUGUGCUACCGCGCCUCCUAUCACGGCUGGGCGGCCAGUAUCUUCCACAGAAGGUGUGAUGGGAAACGGAACACAGUUUCCAUCAUAAAAGUUGGACAGUACGUGUUUGGAGGAUACACGGACAUUUCAUGGGGUAAAAGAAUAUAUUUUUCUCAUUCUCUGCUUUGAUUGUAACCCAGUGACAUAAAGGUGUAUCUAAAGUAACAAUCUAACUUAGGCUUUGACAUCCUGACCCCAAAAAAUAAUCGAACAAGUUAUAAAUUCACGAAAGGAAAAAUAAUUAAGCAGUCAAAACGUAUGAAAAUGUUUCUCUCGGUUUUCUUUAAUGUAACUGUCAAGUUUUCGUUUAAAAAAAAAAGUUAGAACCUAAGGGAAGAAAACUUAUUCUUCGCCAAUCUUUAAAGGCCAGUUAGCUUUCGAUCAGAUCCUCACUAUAAGAGUUGCGGCAUACCUAAACACAUCGUGUUUCCCAAAGAAUUAAACGACUAGGAAAGUUGUCGGAGCUUUUUUUUUCCAUGGUCUUAGGAACUUAAAAUUCAAUGUAUAAUAUGUUUAGUUCACAUCUUAUUCUUCAGAGUCUAGUGGUGGCUACACAAGUACUUCCAAGGCGUUCAUAUUUUCACUCCGAAAUAACGAAGGACUGGCCCCAUUCAAGAGCCUGAUUACUAGGCAAAUAUAUGCUAUUUACAGGAGUUCAAGCAAUGGGCCCAUAUUUGGUGGAGGAUUCGACAUUGUUAUUAGAGAUAAUGCAAACAGCAACACAGACUCCUACACAAAAUUUGGCCAUUCUUAUUCACCCCCAAGUGGUAUAAAGGACCGAAAAACAAUACUGGCUGGGACUUAUAAGUUCACACCUGAUGAGGUGGAGGUUUUCUAUCUUGGUUGAGUCAACACUGCCAUCUCAUAUUUCCACUACAAAUCCCGGUAAAAUAGUGUCAUACUUCGAUUCAAUUUACCUUUUGGCUUUGUCAGCUGAAAAGCAGACCUUUUAAAACUAGUCUCAAACACCGAUGUUUUAUUGUUUAGCAAAAGGGCGAUUUUGUUUGCUUUACUUUCAGAUAUUGCAAGGUAAAAAAAUUUAAGGGGCUUCACCCGACGGUAGUUUGUAAAUCUUGACGUUUGCAUGAUGGGUAAAAUUCGUGAGAUUUGUCAGUGUUAAAAAUUUUUUGGCUUAAUUUAGAUAAGAAACGAAAAUAUUCCUAGAACUUCCAAAUAAUUUAAUCUUGAAUGAAACAGAUAGUUCAACAAUUUUCCUAGACGUUGGAGAUUUUAUACCUCAAACCGAUAUAAAGAUAAUAUGCGAAGAACGAGAUUCCAAUCUCAGAAGUCACUUGAUUCGAUUACGUAAUGCAAAGGAGGAAAAGUACAACUCGCGAGCAAACUCCUAUUUUUAACUUUAGAUAAGUAUAACUAAGUUGUCUUCAGUCAUUCCUAAGGACGAUAUCGAAGUUUGAGAUAAGUUCUUUAAAAUAGUCGUGAACGAUAAUAAACCGAGUUUUUAUGAAUACGGCUAAGGUUGAGAUGUAAUCAAAGUCGAAGACGGGCUAAAGAGAAUAAAGGAUAACACUCUUUUGCCGCAUUCCGUUUCAUAAAUACCUUUUCCUUAAUAUCUUACUCAAGAGGUCAACUUUCAACAGCAGAUGUUGCAACGGCCUGCACGAGCACACUUGAAAAUGAUCAUCCAAAGUUACCCUUUCAUGCUAUGGAUGUAGUUAAGCCUCAUUCAAAGAGUCAUGAUGUUGAUCAUAGCUAACUAUAACGCGCGUUUGAACACGGACUAUCAUGCACUAUCAUUAAAUGUUGUGUAGUUUAGAAAUGUUCAAAUCCGUCUUGAUACUUGAUGAUAGUUUUUGCCGUUUGAACGAGUCGAUGAUAGUAAAUGAUAGUUUUUAGGUCAGCGGUUUUGCCAAAAACAGGCUCAAACCGAAAUGGAAAAUGGUAAAAUGACUAAAAAAGCCGUCAAAAUUUCUCAGAAUGUCUUGUAGUUCGUUGUUAUCAUCUCCUGGUAGGCUUCAGUAUCUUGAAAUCAAAUCGCAAUUUCUUGACUAAAAUUUUAAAUGCCA